GAGCAACGGGCAUCGAGGACCGGCUGCAGGACGGCGUCGCUGAAACCAUCGCGUCGCUGCGGCAGGCGGGUCUUCAGAUCUGGGUUCUGACGGGAGACAAACAGGAAACGGCCGUCAACAUCGCCUACGCCUGCAAACUGCUCGACCCCGAGGAGGAGAUCCUGACGCUCAACGCCGACUCUCAGGAGGCGUGUGCUCUGCUGCUGGACGAGAGUCUUCACUACAUCCAGGCCAAAUUCCUCUGCAGCUCCUCGGAUCACACCACCACCAAAUCUUUCCACAGCAACGUCUCCCCCUUCGGGAUCUUCACCCCCCCUCCUCCCUCCUGCCCGCCCGCCCCCCCCGCGGUGCACCAGAUCGGCCUGGUGAUCGACGGCCGCACGCUGGCCUACGCUCUGGACCAGAGUCUGGAGGAGAAGUUCCUGGCCGUGGCUCAGAGCUGCCGCGCGGUGCUCUGCUGCCGCUCCACGCCGCUGCAGAAGAGCAUGGUGGUCAAACUGGUGCGCAACAAACUGAAGGUCAUGACCCUCGCCAUCGGUAAG